UGUCUCCAGCAUGUCCGUCCCCUCAGCCCGGGCCCCGAGGGGCUUCAGCGCCCGCUCAGCCUGCUGCGCUCGCUCGCGCUCGUGGGGCCGUGGGGGCCGCUUCAGCAGCCGGAGCUGUGCUUCCUUCGGGGGGAGCAGGGUUGACUCCCGAGGGGGGGCUUGGGGGUCAGGGGGAAGGCCGGGGGUGCAGUCUGGGGGGGCCCGAGGUGGGCCUGGCCUUCCCCUGUGCCCUCCCGGGGGCAUCCAGGAAGUGACCAUCGACACUGCUCUGCUGAGCCCGUUGAAUAUUGGGAUCGACCCCCAGUUCCAGGUGGUGAGGACUCAGGAGACCCAAGAGAUCCGGAGCCUCAAUGACCAGUUUGCUUCCUUCAUCGACAAGGUGCGCUUCCUGGAGCAGCAGAACAAGAUCUUGGAGACCAAGUGGCAGCUGCUGCAGCAGCAGGGGGUGAGGGACAGCCCCCUGGACCUGGAGACCUUCUUUGAGGGCUACGUGGCCCAGCUCAGGCGGCAACUGGAGCAGCUCCAGAGUGAGCGAAGGGCUGUGGACGCUGAGUUGAAGUCUUGCCAAGACCAGGAGGAGGAGUAUAAGGCCAAGUAUGAGGAGGAGGCCCACAAGCACGCCACGGCUGAGAAUGACUUUGUGGUCCUCAAAAAGGAUGUGGAUGGGGUUUUCCUGAGCAAGAUGGAGCUGGAAGGCAAGCUGCAGUCUCUGCGAGAGUACGUGUGCUUCUCGAGGCGACUCUAUGAAGAAGAGCUGGGCCGGCUCCAGACCCAGGCCGGCGACACGUCCGUGGUGCUGUCCAUGGACAACAACCGAGGCUUGGACUUGGGCGACAUCAUCGCGGAGGUCCGCGCCCGCUACGAGGAGAUCGCCCGGAGCAGCAGAGCCGAGGCCGAGACGCUGUACCGGACGCAGUACCAGGAGCUUCAGGCGUCUGCCCGGCUUCACGGGGACAGCAUGAAGGGAACCAGAGUCCGCAUCUCCCAGCUGCAGGAGGCGAGUCAGAGGCUGCAGGGUCAGAUCGAGAACCUCAGGACGCAGAAUGCCAACCUGCAGGCCACCAUCACCGAUGCUGAGCAGCGUGGGGAGCUGGCCCUCAAGGACGCUCAGACCAAACUGGCCGAGCUGGAGGCCGCUCUGAGAGCCGCCAAGCAGGACCUGGCCCGGCUCCUGCAGGAGUACCAGGAGCUCAUGAGCACGAAGCUGGCCUUGGACGUGGAGAUCGCCGCCUACCGCAGGCUGCUGGAGGGCGAGGAGAGCAGGAUGUCUGGGAGGUGCACCAGUCAGGUCAUCAUCUCCGUGGGUGGAGGCAGCACCGUCCUGUCUGGAGGCGCUGGCAGAGGCCUGGGGGGCUCUUGUGGCCUUGGAGGCGAGAAAGGCAGCUUUGGGUCCAGCUGCUCCAGCGUCGUGACCGGAGGCUCCACCAUCACCCUGGGCUCCGGGCAGGGCCCUGUUUUGGCCUCCUGCUCUGUGUCCGGCUCCGGCUCCAGCUGCCGCACCAUCCUGAAGAAGACGGUGGAGUCAAGUCUGAAGACGUCUGUCACAUACUGAGUGACCUCGCAGCCACUUGCUCCUCAUGCCUUCCCGAGCCCCCUCAGCCCUGCGCCCCCCUCCACCACCCACCUCCCUGCAUGGCCAGCUCCGUGCACGUUGCCCACAGCCUGAGCCAGGCCACUCGCAGGGAGUGCAGGCCUGAGCCAGGCCACUCGCAGGGAGCUCGCAGAAGCCAAUAAAGUCGCGCCUGCUUGCUA